AUUUUUGAUUUGACAGAUCCGCCAUGCCAUAAAGCGUUUGUGUGUAAAUUUUACUGUGCAAAAAUAAAUAAACGGCUUACGGUUAUUCGUUGAUUUGUUUUAUUGUGGAUAGCAAUGGCUAUUGUAGAGGACGAAGUACGCAACGAAUCGGAGGAGGAGAAUGAGAUAGAGGUCGUGGUAGAAGAGGAUGACGCAGAACAAGACUCGGAUGAAUCCGACGAUGAUGAUGAUGAAGAAGUGUUGGAGAGAAAAGUUGCAGAAUUGGAGCAAAGGAUUUCUGAGGAUCCCUACAACUAUGAUGAGCAUAUUGAACUGAUCCAGGCUUUAUGGGGACUCUCCGAGCUGGACCGCUGGCGAGCGGCGUUCGACCGACUUCAACAGAUGUUCGUUCUAAAGGACGUCCAUUGGCUCCUUCGGAUCCAGACUGAGGAGACGUUAGCACACUCGCCUGAAGCUAAGAAGCAACUGGUCGAGCUGUUUAGGCAGGCUUCCUUGGAUUGCUAUUACAUCCCAAUCCUGACUGAGUGGUGCUCGUGGUCGCUCGGCGCAGGCGCGGACUCUGCUCGGACCCACCUUGAGGAGGUCCUGCGGCUGGCCGGACCCGAUCCUCUCUCUGGGAAGCUGUUCUGGGACGCUAAGAGAGAGUUGGAGAAAGCGCAACUUGAAUCUAUAACCGCCGAUGACCCCGAGUACAAGAAACAGCGUGAGCGAACUCUAUUCUGCCUCGAGGAAACCGUGUCCCGGCCGCUACUGAACGGAGAAGAAGCCUGGGCGCAGUUCCAAGAGCUUGCCUCCGCGAUGCACGGCCAAGACUACGUUGACAAGGUCAAGAAGCAACAUGAUGCAGCUACGGAGUAUUUACAGAAGAUUACACCUUAUGAGGAUAAACUUUUGACUAUGGAGAAUCCUGAAGAAAAGUGUAAAGUGUACGAGGAAUACAUUGAGAAAGUGAAAGAGUUGUCAUAUGAAGAGAAGUACGCAGAUUGUGAUAGCAACGGAAUACUCAAGGUGCUAUACGACCGUGCUACAUCCGAAUGCAUCAACUGCGAGGGCGCUUACAAUCUACUGGUCGCGUGGGCGCGACAAUCGGCGCGGCACUCCAGUCGUGCGACUCAGUCGCGCGUCCUGUCCGCGUGCACGCGCCGCCGCCCGCGCCGGGCGACCUUCUGGCUGCUUACUAUGCAACACGCGGAACAUGAGGGCAAGGGGGUUGAUGAGGUGAAGACAAUCUUCGAAACAGCCCUAUCCAAAGGCAUGGAAUCGUACAAGCAAGCGGAGUCCCUCUGGCUGGGCUACCUCGAGUGCCUGCGCCGCAGCACCGCCUUCGACAACGAGCCCGACGUGGAGCGCCUGCGACGCACCUUCCGGCUCGCCUGGGACUCACUCGCCGAGGCGUGGGGUGAGGAGGCGAACGACUGCGAGGUGCCGCUGUACUGGGCGCGUUUGGAGUACAACCGCAUGAAGGACCCCAAGCAGGGCAAGGAGAUCUUCGAGGAGAUAUUCAAAUACGGCGAAAACAAAACCAUGUCCAAAUACUGGGAGGCGUACAUCAACCUAGAAUCCCACCGUCAGCCCUCCCUCUCUGAGAACAAACUGCGCGAGCUGCACCGACGGGCGCUGCGCUUCGUGACCGACUACCCGCCCGCCGCCGCCCGGCUCUGGACCGACUACGAGCGCGACUACGGCCAGCUGGCCACCGCCACCGAGUGUCAACACUUGUGUGAGGCAAAACUAAAAGAAUGGCGGGAAAGCUACCAAGCAAUGAAAGACAAAAUGACCAACCAAAAGAAAGGAAACAAACAGCCACAAAAUAAAAAGGGUAAAUUCGAUAAAAAGAAGAAAGAAGAAGAUAAACCAAAGAAGGGGAAGAGGAAAUCUGACGAGAGCGCGCAAGAUAGCGAGGUUAAGAGGAAAAAGGACGGCAGUAUGGAAGUCGAUGAGAAGGCGAAGGAAGGGGAGAGUGGUGCUUUAAAACGAUCUCAUGACGAUGAUAGCAGUGAAGCUGGUGACAAUAAGCGGCAGCGGACAGAAAACGCGAAAAGUGCGCCUAGAGUUGGCGGCAACGAGGCUUGCACUCUCUUCGUUAGCAAUCUAGAUUACAAUGUAAAUGAGAAGAAUCUCCGUGAGAAGUUAUCAGAAUACGGCGAGGUGGUGUCGCUGCGAGUGCGCGCCGGCGUCAAAGCAUUCGGCGGCUCCAUCUGCUAUUGCCAGUACUCCACACCAGAGGCAGUAGACGAAGCGAUAAAACACGACCGCACUCCCCUAGACGGGCGACCGAUGUUCCUUUCCCGCUACUCGGCCUCCAAAACGAAAGGCUCCUUCAAGUAUGCCACGACGGUCGAGAAGAAUAAACUGUUCGUGCGCAACCUACCGUUCUCGCACUGCACGCGCGAGCGGCUCGCGGAGAUAUUCGAUAAAUAUGGGAAACUUAGCGAUAUUCGAGUUGUCACGUUCAAAGACGGGAAACCAAAAGGCCUAGCGUACGUCGACUACGAGGACGAAAAAAGCGCGGCCGAAGCGGUAGAGAAAACUAAUGGAAUGUUAAUAGCUGACCGCAAUAUCGAGGUGGCGGUCAGCGCGCCGCCGCCGCGCGCCGACGCCAAGCCGGCGCUGCUGGGGCAGCCUAAACGGGACACGGGAGGGGGAAUGCGACGGACGCAACUGAGCAGCUUCAUCCCAAGCGUCCUGCAAAAGCCAAUACCCUCAACGUCCACAUCGGCAGCAAGCGGCUCCAAUGGAGCCAACGGCCACGCGAGCGAACGUCCGCUCAGCAACAGCGACUUUAGCCACGCGAGCGAGCGUCCGCUCAGCAACAGCGACUUUAGGUCCUUGCUGCUUAAGAAGUAGGCUAAGACUUGUAUAGCUCUUUUAUAAAGGAAUCGUUCAAAUGAUGAAUGAAUGGGUGAAUAUUAUAUUCGGCGUUAUCUUACGUCAAUUUAACAGCCACGCGAGCGAGCGUCCGCUCAGCAACAGCGACUUUAGGUCCUUGCUGCUUAAAAAGUAGGCUAAGACUUGUAUUGUAUAGCUCUUUUAUAAAGGAUGAAGGAAUGUUUCGGAUGAUGCAGUUUUGUAUAAGGGCAUUUUCACUUAAAAGUGUACCGUUUACUUUUAUUGAAAAAUCCAUCUACUUUUGGGUUAUUUCUACUCAGGAUCACGACUAUCGAUAUAAAAAGAAAAAAAAAGUGUCCCAUAAAAUAUCAGUUUUGUAACGCAUUUUCACAUAUAUUUUGUACACACCGUUGUACAAAACUGACACCCAAAAUUUGUAUGAAAAGCUGGGGACACUUUUUUCUUUGUCUCAUUCAAUAGUGCUCGUAAUUCUGAGUCUAAAUAACCCAAAAGUUGAUGAUUUAAAAAAAAAAGUAAAUUGUAUUAUUUUUUCUGAAAACCCCCAUAAGACCGGCUGACGAAAACUUAACAAAUUCAGGGCCAGGAACCCGACAGUCGGGUACACUGUUCGUGGCGACGACGCGCUCCAUACGGCGAAAACGUGGCUACGCGCUACGAGCGUAACCCGUAGCACUUAGUGUGUUAAGUGGGUUUUGAUAUGCACAGCACACAUCUUUUUGAAACUUGUGUGAAGAAAUGAAUGAUUUUAGGGCUUAUGCGGUUAUAGUUAUUAGUCAGUAAGUUUGAUAAGUAAGGUGAAAUGUUUUUUCCUAAAGUUCAGUCGAGGUUAAAAACUUUACGCAUAUUUUGUGUUUUUAUUUAUUUUACGGAAAUGUAUUAAAGUUAUGGAACAUGUUUAAUCAUUUUUUUUUUCAUUUUCCAAAAGAAUAAUGUAGAUUACAUGAUAUGUUUGUGUGCACAUUAUAAGCAACCAUAUUGGAAUCAACUUUAGGUAUAUAAGAGUUGCUCUAAGGAUUUCGAGUGGCCAGUGUGUAAAUAGUAGAGGUAACAUAUUCGCAUGUGUAUGGUUUUUACGAUUACAAUUCAAAUAAACGCUCACGAUUCAACUUUUCGGUUUAUUAGAUCGUCCAUUGCGACAGAACAUUUCUGAAUUACACUAGGUUACCAGACGUCAGGAAUUCUCCUGACAUGUCAGGAAUUUUUGCCGUCGUCAGAACGCGGCUGUGUCAAGAAAAUGCCAGCAAUUUUAAUGAAUCAAUUGACUUUUUUAAUGUACCGUUUUAUUCGCCUUCGCAACAUCUUUAUCCCUAAUCCUGAAUUAAUAUUAAGAAACAGAAUCGUUUACAUUUAUAUCCUCCUAAGAAAUCUCCAGCUAUAUAAGAGAAUUCCAAAAUAUGACAAUGAAAUUUGAACCUAUGAUGUAGGCAUUAGAGUUGAUUUUGUUGUGUUUUAAAAUUGAACGAAACAAAUCCAACUUUGAAUUUUUUAAAUCCAAGUUGAAUAAGAUUUAAGUAGUAAGUACUGUAGGUGUGGGAUCGUGAGCCUUAGGAGGAUAUGAAAGCUUGAUCUCUUAUGCCUGGGCAACACUAUCGAGAAACGCCGUCCAUUAUUGCGAUAGUCAACGGCGUUUCCCGUUAGUGUUGUCCCGGCAUUAUGGAGUUUUAUAUGCAUGUAAAAUACACAUAGCUGUCCAAUCAUCGAUGUUACAAUUGAUUUUAUAGUAAUUUUAAGAGUUCAGUAUAAAGGCUAUUAUGGCCUUGACAGAGUUGUCUGAUGUCUAAUGGCGAAACUGUAUAUAAUACUUCUCAAUUCUGUAGUCUAACUACUAAAUACCGAGCGAAGUUAUGUAAAUUUUAACUGUCUUAGCCCCCCACUUGCACUAUCCCUCUAACCCGGGGUUAACAGAUUAACCGUCAACCAAGGGUCAAAUUAUACUUGUAACCGUGGUAACGCCAGGUUUAACCGGUUAACCCCGGGUUAGUGGCAUGGAGCAAGAGACCCUUUAAAAGUUAACUGCAAUUAGCAGUUAUAGAUUAUGUAAUAAAAACAGCCAGUAGUAGUACGGUCACGUCUGAAAAUAUAGAUACACAACAAAGUGCUAAAAAUAUGUAUAUACACCUUAAUAAUAUGGGCAAUAAGGUCGUGUAUACAUAUUUUUGAGACUUUGUUCGUAUCGAUAUUUUUAGACGUGACUGUACAAGGCUACAUAAAUAAUUAACAUGGUUCAUCCAAUGUUUUACACUCAUAGGUGUACUUAUUGUAUCUAAUAAGCCGCGGCCGAUGUUGGUAGCGUUGUGUUUAUACAUCUUUAAAUUUAUUUCGACAUAAAGGGUCUGUGCACACCGUCCUUUAUAUCUUAAGAGACACCGCUUGCGUGACGUGUGCGUGCGCGGCACAUUUUAGCCCACGCAUACGUGCACUUCUACGCAAGCCUGUAUGCUCUAGCCUUAAACACGGCUUAGCUAACGAAAAUGUCACUUGUAAGAAUUGUGCUUAAGUCUGAAAUUAAAAUAGGCUGUGGACAACUCUGUUCUUUUUUUAUAUUCACAGCGCUACCAAAAAAAUCUGUAUGCCGAUAUGAUUUAGUGCUGCGGUCGGCAACAUUUUAGCAGCCAAGGGCCACAUAGUAGUUAACGAAGUUGACGCGGGCCGCACUUUGUCAAUAUGUGAAACUUUAUCAGACAUUGUCGUUUGACAAUAUUAGGCGGGCCGCCUUUUGCCGACCGCUGAUUUAGUGUAUGGCGAACAUUGUCGAAGAGUCGAAUUGACAUAAUAAUCCGUUUAAAAUAUCGACUUAGAUACAAACAAGGAUAUAUUCCUGUGUUGGUAAGUUCAUCUUACGUGGCACAAGGAAAUCUUUUUGUUCACUUUUUUAUAAAUCCAAUAGCUGACUGGGAAUAUAGCGGCUGUUUCGUUUCUCAAUAAUGUGAGAAUCCAGAUAUUUAUUUGUAUGAUUGCGAGUAGUUGCGGCGAGGAUGGAUAAAUUGAUUACAUAUUUGUUUUAUA